ACAGGAUAUUCUGGAGGCACGGCAGGCGAGUAAUCUGGCAAACUGACCACAGCCACACCGUCAGACUACAGACAGCAAAUCUUAACGAAAUUCCGCCCCAAAUCGGGAACUUAAUCGCAUUUUGAUGCCGAAAUAUUGGCCUGAAACUAUCAUCUAUGGACUUCCAUCUGUGAUGUUCGUGUUUGAGAGCUGAUAAUGAUGAAGAUGAAGCUACGAGCGGCGGGAGGCGAAAAUCACCGAUGCGACUUGAAUUCCGUUAACGGAUCCGAUCGGGAGAGCGGCACCCGAGCGGCUCAACUCGACAAGGAGGCGGUGUUCGAGUGGUUCGGCUUACAGCUGAACCCGUCCGGACGCGUGGAGCUGCUUUGCGGGCUGCUGCAUAUGUGUCAGCCGCUGGAACUACGCUUCCUCGGCGCCUGUCUAGAGGAUCUGGCCCGGAGAGAUUUCACCGUCCUGCGGGAUUAUGAGAUCCGGGCCAACUCCCCCGCUGAUCUGGAGGGGCUGAUGAACGUAAGCGACCCCGUUGUGCUGUCUAAACUGCUCGUUUAUUUGUCUUUGCUCGGAUCCAAGAGCAGGGAAUGCGCCGGGAUUCUGUUCAGGACGUUGAGUCGAAUGGACGCCGGGAUGUGCGGCGCUCUACCGGAGCCGGGGACCGUGGAUCAACUGCGGCUGCUCUUCACGAUGGGAUCGUUACACCCGGCGUUCAGUUUCUAUCAGCGGGAAGAGCUGCGAGCGCAGUUGGACAGACUCCAAAGAUGGAGCCAGUUUUCCAGGCCGGGGUUCCUCUGUCCCCACCGGGAGAAUGACGCAGACUGGACUCUUUGCAGCAACGCCAAUCCACACCUCAGUGGCACAUCACAGAGGAAAGUGGUGCACAUUGAGAAGAUCAUUCUGAAGGAGGUUUCUAUGGGAGGAGACGGCAGGCAGUACAGUUUUGAGGUGAAAUGGUCAGACUCUUCAUCUAGUGCCAUUACCAAAAGUCAUCGGGAGUUGGAGGAAUUUCUAUUAAAGCUUCCUAAGGAUCAGAGUCCUGAUGGCUUUGAGAAGGGUAUCGUCAGGUUACUCAGUCGUAGAGAUCAAUGUGAAUCCAGAGAACUGGAGAGAAACCUCAGGGAGAAGUUCCUGUCUCUAUCACAGGAUGUCCUUCAGAGAUGUGAUGUUUCCAGGUUCUUCCUGUCUGAUGCUUCUGUACUGCCAUGCAGCCACUGUACCAGUGCGCCCGUAGCCAGAAUCCAUCAGCCUGAAUGCGGUUUCUCUGAGGACUGCUCCGAGACGUCCAGUCUGGAGGAGGAUGUGGAGGCUUACAGCGUCAGAGCUGCGGGACUUAGUAUUCAGCGCUCUGAAUGCCAGAGGAGAGGAAACUGUGAGCAGAAUGGAGAGAGAGUUUGGAAGAAAGAAACUGAAUUGGAACAGAGCUGCACAAAUGACAGAAGAAUCUUCACAGCUGGACAGAAGAACAAAGGAAGGCCAGCUGGAAAAAGGGAUAGAGGCAGACGAGUUACUGGUGUCAAGACUUCUAAUGGAAUCCAGAAGCCUUCUGCAGCACUGAUGAUCAACCAGUCAGCUUCCAAAGACACAGGAAGGGACCGGUAUGGGGACUCCUCAUCAGAGAGCUCUAACUCAGUGCCGUCCAGUCCUGUUCACCAGAAGAGCCCGGAGGACCAAGAUACAGAGAGUCAGUCUGAUAACUCGGUGCAGGAGCCAGCUGAAAAGACUCACCUCGCCAAAGGCGUUGGCGGGAAAGCAGUUGCCAUGGUGAAUCCAUUAGUUCCCGAGACCCAGAAUGUUCCGCAGCCUCCUUCAGUGGUGGAGCUGGCGCUGACCGCGUGCCUCCCUUACGCCCUGCAGUACAACACCACCCCUCAGAGAGACGCGGGGCAGGGUAAGAUAACCAUCACCAUCCCGCUGGCCCAAGACCCUGGAGCAUCAUCAGCCAGCACUCACCCACAGCAGCAGCCACCGCUGGGAGCGUUCAGCGUCCUCUCGCCCGGCCAGUGUCCUCUGCAGCCCGCUAACACCACCACGGCCAACAACCCCAUCAAAACAAACGCCAAGGCCACUGUUACUGCCAACGUCCCUUCCAGCUCAAGUUCCGGCAGUAGCCAAGUACCAGGACCUUGCCCCACAACUGUACCAACGCACACCCCGGGACCAGGGCCCCUGCCGGCCUCUGCGGUCACACACAGCACCGCUCAGAACAACUCCUUGUCCUACAUCAACUGCUCCAGUCUGCCAGUUAUGCCACAAGCAAGUGGUACACAGCAGCAGCAGCAGCAGGGGGGCUGCAACGCCUGUGGCUGCCGUGGCACCUGUGGAGGAAACAGUGCCCACCAGACACCCAGCUACUUCCUCCCGCCCCAACCCCAACCUGCCCGUCAGAUGUUCGGGCCACCACCUGCAUUCUUCCAUCUCCCUCCCUCUCUAUGCAACAGCUUCCCUUCCCAGGGUCACCAGAAUAACGGGGCGCCGCUGUCCUUCUACGCCCACACUGGUCCUCCUGCAGCGUUCCUGCACGCUCACUCGGAGCACAUGCUGGCAUCGCAGGCUGGAUACAGUCUGCCUCAGAUGCACCACUUCCGUCACUAUUACCCACCUGUCUUUCCGCCGGUUGGCAUGAUUUCUAGCGGAACCAACAUGAAGAAGACCAACAACGUGUCCUGCUACAACUGCGGCAAGAGCGGACAUUACGCUCAAGAGUGCAAACAACCGACCAUCGACGCCGGGCUGACAGGUGGUUUCCGGCUGAAGUACGUUGCCCCAAACUCCUCGGAAGCAUUAGAUAAAACCGACUGACAGCGAGCAGGGGACUGAAGCCCGGCGAGCCAGCGAUUCCAGAGACCCUUGAGAUCGUUCUGCUCAGUUUCUUCAAGCCUUGUCCAGAGAGCAAAACAACAAAAAAAGAGCCAAUGCAAGACGAGUUGCUUAAACUUAAUGGGUUCUCUUAGAAAUUAAAUUAUCUUAAUGUUAUAGUUUAUAUAGGAUGGAUUGCCAGAUGAUUUUUGUUUUAGGUUCAGACUAGUUUAUUGUUGUCAGAAGGAUUUUAUAUGAGCUGAUGUUCUCAUUCUUGAGUCCUUUAGUGCAGUAUUGCUUUUUUUCUGACACGGGUGAAUCUUUAUAGGAUUUUAUACAUGUUGCAAGAGAAAACGACAAGAAAAGUACUGAGAAAAAAAAAGGAAUAUUUUGCAAGUUAAUUUUGUUAAUAAAGAUGCGCUUGUUCUCUUGCUGAUAGUGGUUUAUAAUGAUGCUCUUGCGACAUUAUACGCUGCUGGUUCGCCAUGUUCUCAUUCUGAAUGCGAUGCACUACAACUGUUGUUCUCCAUAAAAUGUGAGUCAGGUGUUUAAAAUGCACUGAAAGAGCCUGAUCUGCAGUCCUGCCUCUCAUCUACACGUGCUGACCACUAGAGAGCAGCUCCAGCCCGCGCAGACUUCUUAUUAUAGGAGACAAAAUCCUUCAUACAUGCACUGUUAGAGGAAAUGCAAUUGUAAUUUCCACAUGAGAUACUCUGUAACCAAGAGUUUCGUUAACAUAGGCCAACUUUGAGCAUCAUAAUAUCUUGCUUGAGUGCUAAAUAUUUUCUUGCAUACUCAAAGAACCAGAAGGCGAAUGUUUGUGCCUAUUGCCAUGCAAGCAGCUGGAAGUGUAUUUAAAAUAAUUUCAAGAGUCUUGAUUCUUUGUGAUUUAAGUACAUAUUUAAAAUGUCAAAGUUGUAUUUCUGAAAUCUUCUUGCGAUAUUUUUUGCCAAAGCAGCCCUUUUUUUAAAUAUAUAGAAGGAGAUUUGGCAUGUUUGUAUUGAGAAAAUAAAUUUUAUUUUGAUAUUUUCAAGAGAUAAGGGCUCAAGGCCCUUCAUGCUUGUCCAGGUGUUUUUAGCACAUUUAUGAUUAGUAACAUGCAGUGGACUAGACGAGUUGCUUUCCUCAACAGUGAGUUGCAGGUUUUGAAAUGUGCUUUCAUUCAGUUCUGUAAAUUGUUUCUAAUCUGUAAACUGACUUUAAAGGGAGCUAACUACUCGAGGUUGAAACCUGUCGACUGUAUUCAUUUUUAUAGAUUUAUGAAGCUGUACUGUAUGAACAAGGUUUGAUAUCUGCCUCUGAGUUUACGUUUACUGUAUUUCAUAUGUAAUUGUUGAUUAAUCUGAACUGAGAUGUCAAAUUAAUCUGAUCACAUUUGCUUUUUUGGCAAAUUGGUAAUUUCUGUCAAGAUAUUAGCAAUAAAUAUAAAAACCCA